CUUAAUAGAUUAAAUCAUUUACCCACAUUUUUGAAACAUGCCUGCACCAGCAUAUGUAAAUAACAGAAUAGGUCAAUCCCAUAAUUAAUUUUUAUUUCAUAUUAAAAUAAUAAAUGCAGGUUUUGAGACUUUAAUUUACAUAAAUAAAGAUGUUAAAAAUGUUUGCAUAGAAUUAUAUUAAUUUUUGAUAUAAUUCUAUUAUUUAAGGAAUGUUAGAUCUAUUGAAAUACCUUUUAGAUGA